AUGCACUAAGCCCAUUAGAAAGACCUAUUCUAAGAUAAAAAUACAGUAAAAUAAAAAAAAUUUAUAAGUAAAAUUUAUCUAAAAAUAGAAAUAAAAUUCAAUGUUUCCACAACUAAGGUCAUAAUUUAUACAGGAUUAGCAUAUACAGUAACUUUAGGAACAGCAUCUUAUUUCCGACAAGAAGAAUAUAAAUUAAAGUUGAAUUUUUUGAGAAACUUAAGUCGAUUUUCAGGUUUUAUAGCAUAAUUAUAUAUUCCAAAAUUUAUGCGAGGACCUUUAUAUUCCACAUAUGCAAAAGUAUAUCAAGUAAAACAGGAAGAUAUGAUAUUACCAUAUAAUGAAUAUAAAAAUUUUAAUGAAUUUUUUACACGAAAAGUGAAGCCUAGAGAAAUCAACAUCGACAAAAGAACAAUUGUAUCCCCUGCAGAUUCCAAAAUAUUAAACAUAAGUGAAGUAAAUGGGAAUUCUAAUUUAUUAGUUAAGGAUAUAAAAUAUAAUUUGGGUGAAUUUUUAACUGGAAACAAAGAUGUAGUAAUGGAAGGCGCAUUAUUUGAAAGUUUUAAAUUAAAAAAUCCUAAAUCAAAAAUAUACUAAGUAAUAUUUUAUUUGAAUCCAGGAGAUUAUCACCGAUACCAUUCACCAGCUAAUAUUUUAAUCAAAAAAAGAAAUCAUAUAGUUGGUUAUUUAGCACCAGUAAAAGAAUUGUAUAUAUAAAAAAAUCCACGAGUUUAUGAAGAAAAUGAGCGUGUAGCACUUUUUGGAGAAUGGGAUUUCGGAUAAUUCACCUAAGUAUAUGUAGGAGCUACUAAUGUAGGUUCUAUGGAUAUAAAUUUUGAUGAAUUAAAAACUAAUAGGAAUUUCAAAGUAUAAUAUUUCCAAAAAGUCAAUAUUAAAAGUAUUUUUUUACCUAAAGGAGUUGAAGUUGGAAAAUUUAAUCUGGGAAGUACUGUUGUUAUUUUCUUUGAAACUUAAGGUGAGGCUCAAUGGUUAGUAAAAGAAGGAGAUUAUGUUAGGUAUGGUUAAGAUGUUUGUAAAGUUUGA